AUGGCCGAGACUGGGGACCGAGUCGACAAGCUCAAUCUGGAUAAUAUCAUCUCACGACUGCUUGAAGUUCGUGGAUCAAAGCCGGGAAAGAAUGUGCAAUUGACGGAGAAUGAGAUCAAAGGCCUUUGCGUGAAAUCGCGCGAGAUUUUCCUCUCCCAACCAAUUCUCCUCGAGCUUGAGGCGCCGCUCAAGAUUUGCGGCGAUGUGCACGGUCAAUACUACGAUUUGUUGCGUCUUUUCGAGUACGGCGGUUUCCCACCAGAGUCCAACUAUCUUUUCCUCGGUGAUUACGUGGAUCGAGGAAAGCAAUCGUUGGAAACGAUUUGCUUGCUUCUUGCUUAUAAGAUCAAAUAUCCCGAAAAUUUCUUCCUUCUUCGUGGGAAUCACGAGUGCGCCUCCAUCAAUCGUAUCUAUGGUUUCUACGAUGAAUGCAAAAGACGCUAUAAUAUCAAAUUGUGGAAAACGUUCACCGAUUGUUUCAACUGUCUCCCCGUUGCGGCGAUUAUCGAUGAGAAAAUUUUCUGCUGUCAUGGAGGACUUUCGCCCGAUUUACAGUCGAUGGAGCAAGUUCGUCGAAUAAUGAGACCAACGGAUGUGCCUGAUCAAGGACUUCUUUGCGAUCUUCUUUGGUCAGACCCCGAUAAGGAUGUGACGGGCUGGGGAGAAAACGAUAGAGGCGUCUCGUUCACUUUUGGGCCUGAAGUGGUCGCCAAAUUCUUGCACAAACACGAUCUCGAUCUUAUCUGUCGAGCGCAUCAAGUUGUCGAGGAUGGGUACGAGUUCUUCGCGAAACGACAACUCGUCACACUUUUCUCGGCUCCGAACUAUUGCGGAGAGUUCGAUAAUGCCGGCUCAAUGAUGACUGUUGAUGAGACACUCAUGUGUUCUUUCCAGAUUCUGAAGCCAGCGGACAAGAAGAAAUUCCCGUUGUCCUACCAAAAGAGCUUGGAGUCGCCAACGCCGAGUCGACCGGUGACCCCAACAAGGAACGCGCCACCACAAGCCGGCAAAGCUCCAAGCAAAAAGAAA